CAGCGGAACACAAAACGGACAGAGGAGAGAGGACAGAAUUGCUUUAUUAUUGCAUUAUUCUCCCUUUUCAGAGGUUUUGUGUUUGGUCUCGCCUGUUGACCAUGGGAAGACAAACUGACAAACGGGGUCCGGUAAAAUCGGUUGGAGGAGCCGUUCAGUGACAGCUGCUGUUAUCUGACUGACAGACAGACCGGUGAAACGUGACGGACAGGUAAACCGCUGUGCGUUUCUAAUCAAUGGCCUGGGGAAUAACGGCAACAGAAAAUAUGCUGUAAGGUGAAGUGGUGUGUUUAUUCUGGACUUUACCGCGUUGUGGCUGAAGUAUGGGGCCGUUAUAGCCGGUAAAGCGGAGACUGGAGGUUUGUGUCUGGUUUUGUCUGCGCUCCGUCCCCUCCGGUGGACACAACUGAAGAGACUGGAGACACGGACGGAGACAGGGCUGGUUUUGUGUCGGCUGUUUCGGCAGAGACAUGGCAGCGGCCAUCGCCAGCGGUUUGAUCCGGCAGAAGCGACAGGCGAGAGAGCAACACGCCCACCGACCGACUGCUCACCGGCGGCGGAAGAGCCCCGGUAAGAAGCAGGGGCUGUGCAACGGGAACCUGGUCGACAUCUUCUCCAAAGUCCGGAUAUUUGGCUUGAAGAAGAGGAGGCUACGGAGACAAGAACCACAGCUGAAGGGCAUAGUGACCAGGUUGUUCUGCAGGCAGGGCUUCUAUCUCCAGAUGGGCCAGGAUGGAAGUAUGGACGGGACCAAAGACGACAGCACCAACUCCUCUCUGUUUAACUUAAUUCCUGUGGGUCUGAGAGUCGUGGCCAUCCAAUCAGUCAAGACCGGCCUCUACAUCGCCAUGAACGGAGAGGGUCACCUCUACUCCUCGGAACUGUUUACAGCGGAGUGUAAGUUUAAGGAGUCGGUGUUUGAGAACUACUAUGUGAUCUACAGCUCGAUGCUCUACAGACAGAAGGAGUCGGGCCGGGCCUGGUUUCUGGGCCUCAAUAAAGAAGGACAGGCCAUGAAGGGCAACAGGGUCAAAAAGACUAAACCAGCUGCACACUUCCUGCCUAAACCUAUAGAAGUUGCGAUGUACCGAGAGCCUUCGUUGCAUGACGUAGGGGAGGCGGUGCCUAAACUCGCCGGGGGCCCGCCUUCCAAAAGCACAACCAGCGAACCGGUGGUCAUGAAUGGCGGCAAGCCAGUCAACAAACCCGACAAGGAGGAGACAUAACCCUGCCCCCCUUUACCCUCACCUGGCCAACCAGAAGCCAGGAAAAGCCAGAGACUCGCCCCACUGCUGCACUCUCAAAAAAAAAUUAAAAAAAUAAAACUGCAACAAAGGUAACAAAACAAACAGCUCAAGUUCUGACUGGUCAGCAGUGGGGCCGCGCGUCCCGCCUCACCUCUCUCUCCCUAUUGGACGGAUCCGGUGUUGUGGGGCAGGGCCAGAGGACGGAGCG